UGUGUGUGCUGGAAAAAAAACUUCGCAAACGAAGAAUCAUGUCGGCUACCAGAGGAACACUCCCGAGGGCUGACAGAACUCCACUGCGCAACGUACAGAACCAAAUGUCCACUUCGCCAUGGCAGACUCCAACUAAAUCUGCCUCAUUGAAGAAGAAUGUCUCUCAGAACAAAAACCUGUGUCGUCUGUCUGGCUCGGUAGAUGAUUUCGCCGCCAUCACCAGCACUGCCACAGAUAUCCGCAGCAGUGAAGAUGGUACAGGUUCCCUGAACGAAAAUCAGGGAAAUGUCACCUUCAAAUCUUUCAUGUGUACAGGAGGGGACGUUGAACUGUCAGCAGACUCUGUUAUGUCAGAUGAGUCUGUUGUGGUUGGUGCUCUAACACUGGAAGAUUGUCCGCACACAUUCAGUGUUACAACUGUAAUGUGUGAAGAUACCCUGUAUGACAUGGAAAAACAUGUUGAUCAUCCAUACUGUAGUCACGCGUCUGAUGAGCCGAGCUUAGAGUCUGUGACAUUGGACACGGAGAAAAAGGUUCGAGGGGUUUGUUCUGCAAAUCAUACAGAUGCUGCUCCAGACAGUGCAGGGUCAUGUCAGACAGAGGCAGUUUCCGCCAGUGAACUGGAAGACAUCACUGUGAAGUCCUUCUCUUGUCCAGGAGGAGAGAUAGAGAUAGCAGAUGCCUCCCUUGCACAAGAGGAAUCGUUUAAUGUGAUCAUAGGAACACUGAAGGAAGAAUUCCGGAGCGUUGAAGACGAGAGUGAGAUUCUCGAUGAACACGCUGAGCUCACAGGGUUUCCCGGCUGCUGUGCGGAUCACCCAUACUGUCGUCGUGAGCUCGAACCGCCUGCCUAUGCCCACAGUCAUGCUGUCUGCACCCUCCCUGUGUCAUGUGAGGCUACUGUUGUCCGUGACGAUGACCUUACAGGCUGCAUGCGAGAUCUCACCUUUAUAGAAACCUCUACAGCAGAGAGACCCCUAGUGGUGGUGCAGGGAGACGUCAAGCUGAAAUCGCUGUGCUGCUCCGGAGGUGACGUUGAGCUGGAGAACGCAUGUGGAGAGUCCCAGGUGUCUGUGCUUAUGAAGGAGUUUGCUUUAGUCGGUGACCUGCAGUCUUCAGGCAGUGACACUAGUGAGGAAAGCACUGCAGUGCUGAGCCCUGGUGGCAAACACGCUGACCACGUCUACUUCCGUUCUGGACAUGGAGAUUUCCAUCCCCCGGCCUCCGAGGUUACGAGCACCGGCUCACGGCUCUCCUCCAGCUCCUGGGAAUGCUCUGAGAUGGACGCUCCGGGCCUUGCCGACGGGUCGCAGAACUUAAAGUCUGUUGUUGGCAGUGGAGUGGCGGUCGUGCAGAGUUCCACAGAGCUUCCAGGGGAGCUGUUUUCGAGCAAGGAGUCUGUCUGGAGCCUUUGCUCUUCCUUGCUGCACAACAGUAGAAAUGUGGCAGAAAGUGCCAACGUGUUGCAGGGUCUAGCUGACGUUGACCAACCGCCCUCCGCUAACGGUGAACAGGACAUAGCCAGUGAAGAGCCUCCAGUCUUGAGAGGCCCUGUUGUGUCUGACUAUCCUCAGAUGUCAUCAGAUAAUAAAGAAGCAUUUUUAGAUGUUGAUGGAAGCGCAGAGUCCUGUCUCUCCCAAACCACCGUUAGCCCCGCCCCUGAUAUGCCUGCUGGGAAUUUUCUGGAGGGAUCUAGCAAUGUUGAAGGCCAAAAUGCUGACACGGAGACAAGCGCUACUCGAGACAGCGCUCUGGGGCUGAGCGGAGACCCCGACGCCCACGCCGACAUGGAAGUCCUGCGAUCCGAGAGCGCGUGCGACUGGGAGUGUGAACUCGUCUCUCUCCACACCCAGCUCAGCUCUGCCACUGUUCCUGAUUCCCUGACCCCCAGGAACCCGGCGCUGAGCAGGAGCAUCGUGGAGGGUCACGGAGGGCCGGCCUCGCAGAGCCGACUGUGGCCCGAGCUCUUGGACAGCCCCAUACCUCCACCCCAGCUCAACUCCACUGCCCUGCGUCCGUCUCCUGCAGCGGGACGGCGGGACAAGGCCCUGCUGGACCUGUCAGCUAUGGGGAAAGGUCCCCUCCAGCAGCAGCUCAGACAGAUGGCAGAGCUGCUCAUCCUGGCCUCGGGGAAGAUCGCCGCGCCCGCCACCCCAGCACCGCGCAGCCACGGUGUGGAGGUGGCCGCUACUCCAGUGGAGAAGCACAGUGCCUGCGUGUGGACCACUCCGGUACUUCAGGCCGACGGAAGCACCAACACGUCUGCCCGGGUGGAGAUUGUGAAGGACAUAGACAUGUCGGACGCCUGCACCUCUACUGACCCGCUGCUGUGGAGUGUGACCCCCAGCAGUCUGGAGUCUCUGUCCAGAUCAGACCUGGAACAGAAACUGCUCACCACUCUCGUCAUGGUGGAGGUUCUCUCUCAGCAGCUGGCUUCCUCCCAUGCCCCCUGCCCCAGGGUCUGCCCCGCCCCCUCUGACCUCAGAGACCGGCUCGUCCAGACCGAUCACACCCAGCUCGGCCAGACGGAGCCGUACAGAGAGUUGUACGUGAGCGCUCUGGAGAGGAUACAAGCUCUCGAGGACGACCAUGAGACGCUGGGUAGUUUGCACCAGGCCCUGCACCUGCUGAGGGGCACCAUGACCAGCGUUAAGACAGAGGCAGCCCAGACCCUGUGCAGCCUGAAGCAGAUUGAAAGUGUCGUCAGUGACGACCAGGAAAUCCUCUCCAAGCAGGUGAGUGAGAUGAAGGCUCUCUAUGGGAGGUGUGUGGGGUCUCUGAGGAAGAUGGAGAAGAAGACCCAAGUCUGCUUACAGAAGAGAGAUGACAUGAGACGGACCAUGGAGGAGGCGCUACACGAGAGACACGUGGUGUUGCGUGUGCUGGAACAGCUACGUGCCCAUCACGCCGUGCAAGUAUCAGAGCUCCAGGAAGUCCUCGGGUCCCAGCAGGGCCUGACUGCCACUCUCACUCACACUCAUCCACAGUUGGUCGAGCUGAACCGGACAUGUGUGGAGUCCCUCGGUGCUGCCUGUAUCCUGCUCAGACAGAAGCUUGAGGAUCACACUGCCUUUUCGGAGGAGCUGUGUCGGGCUCAACAGCUGCUCCAGAGGACGCAUGCAGUACUGCUGAGGUUGCAGCAGAGGGCGCUAGCUGCAGUGGAGCAGAGCCGGCAGCACCAGGCAGCGAGAGACGCAGCAGUGCAAGACCGAUGCCAGUUGGAGAGUGAGCUGGAGCAGACCCAGUGCAACCUGCGUGAUGCUCACCUGCAUGUCGCUGACCUGAACACGCAGGUUACCAUCAUGACUUCAGAGAUGGCAGUUCUGCGUGAGCAGUUGGAAGAGGCAGAAGAUGAACGCGCUCAGCUGCAGAGGAAGACUACGGAGCUGUCGGCUACGGUCUCCUCCACCCUGGCCUCCUACGCCUUUCUAGAGCAGGCCCUUGCCGACGAGACGAGCAAGUUGCAGUGUUCUCUGCACCAAAGCCAGGAAGCCAUGGACAAGGCAGCCAGCCUGCAGGUCACACUGCAGGACUCACAGCAGCGGGUGGAGAAGCUGGAGGAGACCCUGGCCCAGAGGGACAUCCUGCUGACCCAGCUCCACGCGGAGGUGGAGGCCCAGAGUCUGCACCUCCGCCGCCUCUCACAGGUGGAGUCAGAGCUGUCCAGUGCCCAGGAGAUGAGUGAGUUCCUGCAGGCGGAGACUGAGAUGAGCCGUGAGCAGCUGGCCGAGAGCGAGAACCUUCUGCGCUCACACCUACAAGGCCUACGACAGAGGAACCUGGAGUGUGAGGACCUCAGAGUAGCCCUGGAGCAGCUCCGCCUCGAGCAGGCCUCUCUUCAGGAGGAGUUGGACAGCACACGUGCUAAAGCUCGGAGCAUGCUCCUGGACCAGGGAGAUCAGCUGGCGCAGGCCGUGCUGGACGUGUGUCUCCUCCACCAACAGCUCCGCUCCCUGACCAACACCACCCGCAGUGCCGCCGCCGCCUCCACCCAGAUCUCUGAUCCUCCUGGCCUGACUGAGGCUCCCCAGUGCCCCCUACAAACCCCACAGCAACCCUGCACCUCUUUUCUCAGCUCCGUUAUGCUGGCCCUCACUGAGGAACAGCAGUGCGAUACGGCGCCACCUGCAGGUCCAGAGGAGGCGGGGCCUCGUGACCUCAUCGGUAGCAUUGGCAGUGCCUUCACCCAUGUCGCUGUGGCGGUACCCCAGAAUGCUGAUGACGAGAGGUGCAGCGGUACACUCGUGCAGCUGCUGGCUUCUUUGGGUGAGGGUGUGUCUGACCUCCAGUCUGCUAUCCAGCAGCUGAGGGAGCAUAAGGACGCUGAACUUCAGAGUCUGCAGAGUGAAAAUUGUAACCUGCAGGAGGCGCUGCGGGCGGAGUCUGACAGGCGCUUGGUGGGGGAGGCAGAGCUCCAGCAGCAGGUGAGACGGCUGAAGGCUCAGGCAGAGAAGGAUGCCCAGGUCCUACAGCAGAAGGUGCAGGAUGAGAAGGCUCUAAGGAAGCUUUGCAGUGAUCUAGAGGAGACCACGCAGACUGUGCAGAAACACCGAGCAGAGAACAGCGAGCUGCGGCGUGAGGGGGUGGAGUUACGCCGUAUACUGCAGCAGUCCCAAGUAGAGGUACAGGCUUUGAGGGAGGAGCUAAAGCGAUCAGCCAACCAAUCGUCAUCUAGCACAAAGGAACUGGAUGAUAGGAUUCGCCUGCUCAAAGAGGUGGAGCGAUUGAAAGUCAGUUUAUCUGAAGUGGAAGGAUCCAGGUCCAAGCUCCUGGAUCGAGCCAAGAGACACCAACUGGUUCACUCCCUGAAUCAGAGCAAACUGGAACGUGAGCUCCACCUGCUGGACGACAUGAUAGAGGCGGUGAGACAGACUCUGUCUUCCGUCCCUGAAGUGGUGAAGACCUGCCCUGAGCUCCAGAAACUAACGAACCUCAUUGGAUGAGUUUAUUCUGCAAGGAUGCCACAUAUAACUAUUAUUAUUAUUAUUAUUAUUAUUAUUAUUAUUAUUAUUUACGUUUAGUUCCGUUUGUUUAUUAAU